AUGAUUUAUACCCAACCAAGUCCUGAUACUGUAGCUAGGUUUAAUCAAUUGCUUAAUCUUCGGGAAGCUAAUGAGCAAGAAAGAAACAAUGCAAUGGCAACCACAUUUUUAGGAGUAGAGAGUAGUUUUGGGAUUGGUGGGGUUUGUGGUUGUUUAAUUAGUAAAGUACAAAGAGUACAAAGUGCCUUUAAAAAGCUUGUUGACUUGAUUAAAGAUAAUGCAGAAUCCAAGGUGAUCAGUCAAAUCGAAAAUGAAGUUAAUGAAGAACUACGCGAAAUGCAUGAUGUGGAUAUUAUAGAACUUGAAUUACCAGAAAUAAAGGCCAAGGGCAAGAAACGUGAUAAAAUUUUUGAAGUGAUCCAUGAUAUUUUUAAUGCUGAAAUUGUUGACAAUAAAUUGUUCAUCAAGUUUAAUGGUGGGAUUAAAGCAGAAAUACAUUAUAAGUUGACGAGUUCACUUAACCAACAACUCCCACCAACUUGGUGGACUCAAAUUGAUACAAUAUGUGUGGUUAACGGUAAUCAGUAUCGACCUGAUGUGGGCGGUUGGAAUCCUAAACCAGCACGUAAUCAAAGGCUUAACCCUAUAAUUAAUCUAUGUCCACCACCGUUGCUGUGGAUUGAGGUGACCUAUGACAAUUCUGGGGAUCGUGAUAAUGCCAUGAAUAAAUUUGCAUGUGUUCAACCCUAUUGCCUGACCACAGAAUUUGUAAUAAUUGUUGUUCCAGCUACUGAAACUGCCUUUCCAGCAAAUCCAAAUCCAGGUGUCGCUUCAAUGGUGGGAACACCCAAAAUGGCUCAUCCUUCUCAUGCUCCAUAUCUCGGCCAUUGGCCUGUGGGCAAUACAGUUUGUUGGUACAAGAUGAAAUGGAAUAGGCAUCUUGUAUUAGGAUGUGGAGCGAACAUAGAUUUUAAUGAUAUACUUCAAGUCUUAACAUAA